AUGGCCCCCAAGCACUCGGCUCCACCUCCGCCCCCGGUUGCCUCCUCCGAGGAGAGCACCUCUGGUUCGGGCUCCGAGGAGGAGGAGGAGGAGAUCGCCCACUCACCGCCUCCGGCCGCUCCCAAGAGCAUUGCUCCGCCGCGGCCGAAGGACCAGGAAUCCGAAGCGUCCGAUGAGGAUGAGGAUGAGGAUGGCGAGGAGGAAGAGGAGGACGAAGAAGAGGACGAGAAGGCCAACCACGUGAUCCCUUCUUCCGCCACCAAGAACCCGCCUCCGCCGCCGCUGACUCGCGAGGAAUCCGAGACUUCCGACGAAGAAGAGGAGGAGGAGGAGGAGGAGGCGGACGACGAGAUGCCGCAGACGAAGCCCGCUCCAAAUCAAGAGAUGGAGGCUAAGGGCGCAAAGCGGCCGGGCGCGCCGUUCCAGCGCACCUGGUCGACUGACGACGAGUUCCGCAUCCUGGAGGCCCUCGCUGCGCACCGCCUGGAGCACGGCACGCUGCCUCAAAUAGACGUGCUGGCCAACGCCCUCGCUGGCAAGCUCGACAACAGUGGCUGCAGCCUCUCCGAGCUCAAGAGGAAGGUGAAGAGCUUGCAGAGCCGGAACACUAAAGCGGUCAAGAAGGGCGCGCUGCCGAGCAAGGAUCACGACCGCCGUCUCUUCGACCUCUUCAAGAACGUCUGGCCUUCCGUUACCAAGGCGGCGGCUAACAGUGGUGCUGGGAGGGAGCCUGACGAGAUGUGUGAGCUGUACCCAUACCUUGCGGAGGAGGUGAAGGCGCUUCAGAAGGCACACCCGGGCUUGUUCAAGCGGGAGUUUGCGAUGAUCGACGAUAGCAAGGCCCGUGCACUGGACGAGAAGAUCAAGAGGCAGAGGCAUGCACAGAUGAAACUGCAUCUGCGCCGCCACGACCUGACCAAGCUAAUUUUGUAUCCUCUACUGAAGUACGUAAUAUGGAAAUACUAUGUUAUUCGGAACCCCGAGGACUUCACCAUCCCGCCUGGCUGUCCACGCCGGGCGCCGCAGCUGCUGCCGGGUGUGGGCGCUGAGGGGAUGGUACCAACACCACAUGGGCCGCUAGAUGUUUCUGGACGGGAUGCCGUGGUCGCAGCGAGGCUGGAUACAGCCGUCGAGGGGAUCUGGAACCUAAUCAAGCAACAGAGCAGUCCAGGAGACAGGGGAAUCUUCCAGAGGAGUGAUUGCCGCCGUGGUGAAGGAGAGGACUGCAGACGGAGUGAAGGGAAAGGGCGAUGUGGUCAAGGUGGAUCAGCUACGAGUGGAGAGAACAAAAGCGGUGGAGAGACUACCGCUGCCGUUGUUCAAGCUGUAGCGGAGUCCCCUGCUCGGAGCACCGAGUAUUUGAUCUUGCCGUCACCAAACAGGCGGUUUAAGAGAACUAUCACGUCUUGGCUCAAGGGACAGCAUCUCGUCAGUGGAUCUUUUGGGUCAGUGUACCGAUCAAUGAUGAUGGCUUUUUCUUUUGCUGUCAAGGAAGUAUCAUUAAUGGACCAAGGACUCAAUGCAAAACAACGCAUUCUGCAGCUUGAACAAGAGAUAUCUCUCUUGAGUCGUUUGGAGCAUGAAAAUAUAGUUCAGUAUUUUGGAACAGAUAAGGAAGGUGGGAAACUAUAUAUUUUUCUUGAACUUGUUACUCAAGGAUCUUUGGCAGCUUUAUAUCAAAAAUACUGUUUGCAAGAUUCUGAACGGGUUGCACUAUCUACAUCAGCGGAAUGUUCUGCACAGACACAUGCUUUGCUUAAAAUUGGUAGGGGAAUACCACCAGAAUUUCCUAAUACAUUAUCAGAAGAUGCGCGUGAUUUCAUAAAGAAGUGUGUCCAAGCAAAUCCAAAUGACCGGCCAUCUGCCGCUCAGCUAUUUGAGCACCCUUUUGUGCAGAGACCGCUGCAACAAUAUGGCGCCUGA